AUGUCGUCCUACAGCGCCGGUGCCCUCUGUGGCAAGUUUGAGGGGGGCAUCCCUAUCCAUGCGGAAGACCGCGUGCUGUGGUUGAUGCGAGAGCGCGGGCUGGCGAGGGAGACAGCGGAGUUACAGGUGAUGAAAGAGUUUCCGGCGGCUUUUGUCGAGCCUGGAAGCAGGAGGUAUGACCCGAAAGCCUCCUGCGGUAAGACAGAAGAGGGACAGCCGAUCCUUGCCCAGGAUCGUGUGUCGUGGUUAGUCAACAACAAGCAGAUGGGACUGAAAGAAGCGGAGCAAAUCGUCAUGAACCAGUUUCCAGAAUCUUUUCUGGGUCUCAAGCAGCCAGAUGGGUCUCGUUAUGACCCUUGCGCCAUUUGUGGAAAAGACGGCAGUGGGGCACCCACCACCGCCGAAAGUCGCGUGCAGUGGCUGCUCCGAAACAAGAGUAUGACUCGUGACCAGGCUGAGCAGACUGUCAUGGACCAAUUUCCCACGUCGUUCUCCUCGCUUUCGUCGUCUUCAUCCGGAAGCAGGAGGUAUGACCCGAAAGCCUCCUGCGGUAAGACAGAAACGGGACAGCCGAUCCUUGCUGAGGAUCGUGCGUCGUGGUUAAUCCACAACAAGCAGAUGAGCCGGAAAGAAGCCGAGCAAACCGUCAUGAACCAGUUUCCAGAAUCUUUUCUGGGUCCCAUACAGCCAGAUGGGUCUCGUUAUGACCCUCGCGCAAUUUGCGGAAAGGACGGAAGUGGGGCGUCCACAACCGCCGAAAGUCGAGUGCAGUGGCUGCUCCAAAACAAGAGCAUGAGUCGCGACCAGGCUGAGCAGACGGUCAUGGAACAAUUUCCCGCAUCCUUCUCGUCGCAGUCAUCGUCUUUAUUGUUGCCAUCCAAGUUUGGGCCGAAGAACCUCGGCAUUGGUUACGGUUUGGUUGGGCCAUUCAGUAACUCGCAUGAGACCUUGCUGUCGCAUCUCCAACAGCGUGGGGUCACAAGGCUCAAAACUUGGAGCAUCGACGUCGCGUGGCUCAAGCAGGUUCGCUCAACGUUUGCUGACUCUGGUGUCCAAGUCACGGUCGCAAUUCCAAACUGUGACUUGCACAAAGCUGUGAAUGAUGACACAUUUCGUCAAGCGGUGAUCAGCACACUGGUCACCUUUGCCGACAUCGUGGACAAGCUUGCCAUCGGCAACGAACCCGAGCACAAGGAAAACCACAAACACUGCUGGAAGCUUCUCGCUCCGGCAUUUUUGGCCAUGGAUGACGCGGUGCACCACGCCGGCCUCAAGAUCCAGGUGAUCGUUCCGUUUUGCGAAGCACUGUUGCAAGACACCUGGCCGGUUGAGAAAUCGCGGGUGCGCCCCGAGUUGCUGGAUGUGGUGAAGGUCAUCACGGAGAGGCUGACGAUGCGAAAAGGCUCGUUCUCCAUCAACGUCUACCCGUUCUUUUCGCACGUGUACAACCCAAAAGACAUCUCGGUGGCCUAG